GUAGCCUAUCCUAGUGGGGAGGUGUGGUGAUUGAGCAGCAGGCAAGCCAAUCACAGAGGGCGAAGUGAAGCCAGAGCAGUGGGCUGAAAAUAGAGUGGGGGAGUUAGUAGGUGUCUGCUUGUGUGGGAUCAGGCAAGGGCUUGCCUGUGUAACUAGGGCCACUCGGAAGUUUCCUGUGCAGUUGCUUCAGAGCAGAGCCCUGCCCAAGUACAGAGGCAGGCGGGCAGGCAAAGGGAGACUGAGCUGACCCACAGGGAAACAAAAUUCUGGCCGGCCGGUAAGAGCUCAAAAUGCACUCUUACUCUCUCUGGUGUCUGAGAUGGGAAAAACAAGCUAGAAGAGAAAUAAUGGAAUCUUAAAAGGGGAAGAGAGGGACUUGGCUUGAUUAAGUUCAGAGCGCUUGACCCACUUGCAGAUGGCAUAGAGAUGGAAAACUCAGGCCUGCUGUGUUAAGACAGGCAGACGGACAGACGGCAGGACGGACGGACGGGUGGCGGCUGCGAUUGGCGGCUCGGCGGCAGGCUGGUGGAAAAUGUCGUCGGGAGCAGGUGGGCGGGGAAGACGUGAUGGGAGAGCCUGUGGGGGUGCAGGCGAGGUAGAAGAAGGACCAGUAGGCAUCCCUUUCCCUGAGCACAGUGCUGACCUGCUGGGCAGUCUUAACCGGCAACGGCUAAGUGGGCUGUUGUGUGAUGUGCUUCUCGUGGCUCAAGAAAGACAAUUCCCUGCCCACCGUUCUGUGUUGGCCUCUUGCAGUACCUACUUCCACAAUCUUUUCACCUCAGGCCUGGCUGCUGACCGUCAGAAAGUCUAUGAGCUGGACUUUGUGCGGCCUGAGGCGCUGGCCGCUCUCCUGGACUUUGCCUAUACAGCCACACUUACAGUCAGCCGCAACAGUGUGGUUGACAUUUUAAGCGCCGCCCGUGUGCUGGAGAUCUCACCCGUCCAAGACGUCUGCACACACCUGCUGGACACCAAAGUGCUCUCCCCGCCGGCGGGCAAUGAGCAAGAAGACAAUGAGGAAGAGGAGGAGCGAGGAAAAAAUGGAAAAGAGCAGGGCAUCAGGCUGCGUGCCCGUGAGUACUUGGAGUUCUUCCAGAGGGGGGCGCAUUGGGGUAGCAGCUGCAGCACGCCAGAGCUCAGGGACCUGCCCGCACACCUGCACUUUAGCCAACGCAAUGGCGCUGACAGCAAUGGCAUACCCAUCGGCCCUGCUGACUACUACUCCCCACUGGCCCAGGCCCUAUCACAGCCGCCUCGUGACCCCGAAGACGAAAAUGUGGAUGAGGAGAGCCAAGAUGUAGCUCGAGCUCGAGAGAAAGUUGCAGAGGGUCUGAUGCCCUUUUUUGCUCCCACUCAGAAUGGACAUUACUACCUCCAUCAGGCAGACCCCAAAUCUGAGAGAGAAAUGGAGGUGACAGGUGACAGAGAGCAUAACCAAGGCCCCGCCAGUGCUUUGCUACAACAGAUGAUGGACUCCUUGGAGCGGAAAAGGGAACGGGGCACAACAGGUGGUGGGGGUGAGGACGAUGGGCCUGAGGGUGAUGAGCCAGACGUGGAGUUUUACUUGAAGUACUUUAGUGCGCAACCCGAGGGGCCCACCAGUGCUCCCAUAUCUCCAAGUCUGGCACCACUGUGGCCAGUGAGGGGCAAUGGAGGUGGAAACCAAGCAACUGGAGGGGGUAACAGUGGUGAAAGGAAGAUGCGAUCCAAGGCCUUUCAAAAGUGCCCCAUCUGCUCCAAGGUCAUCCAAGGUGCAGGCAAACUUCCACGCCACAUCCGUACACACACAGGAGAAAAGCCCUAUGAGUGCGCGAUAUGCAAAGUGCGAUUCACCAGGCAGGACAAACUAAAGGUUCACAUGCGCAAGCAUACGGGAGAGAAGCCUUAUCUGUGUACUCAGUGUGGUGCCGCCUUUGCCCACAACUAUGACCUGAAGAAUCACAUGCGUGUGCACACAGGCCUGCGCCCCUACCAGUGCUCCAGCUGUUUUAAAACCUUUGUGCGCUCGGACCACCUUCACCGUCAUCUCAAGAAAGACGGAUGCAAUGGAAUUCCUUCCAGACGAGGCCGCAAGCCACGCAUUCGAGAUUCUGAGCUUCUUGAAGGUCCUCUGGAACUUCAUGGCCCAGAAGCAGACAUCGAAAGAGGUCAGCGGCAUCCGGAUAGGGUCACCAUCAGUCACCAUCAGUCACCAUCAGUCAUGGAGGAGAAUCAUGGUAGUCACACACACAGUCCUGUUGCCGACAGGGAAGGUAGUGAAGAUUUGACCUCGGGACAAAUGGACUCCACAACUACAUGAAUAAAACUUUGUCAGAGAGGGCUUUACUCAAAAACAAGAAGAAUUAUAUGAAAUAAGAAAAAUAAACUUAAAACUACAUGGUCCUCUUUAAAAAAAACACAAAACAAAUCAGGGUGUCACGCAAAUCUAACCUAGUUACAUUUUCCUUCUUUUUUUAGCUUCUUCAUUCCGAAUAGAGACUUAACCACCAAGAUACUGGUCUGUUGGAAGAGCGAAGAGCACUUCAAAUCACUCACCCAUGCUGUCACCAUCUUUCUGGGUCUUUUUGUUGGUGUUUUUAUAAUAAUGGCAUAGCCAUGUGCGUACGAGAAAAAGCUACUAUGCAGUUUAAACAAGUUCCUCAUCUCUGGGUUGCAUCUACUGGGCCUUGUCUUAAAAAGUAAGGUGUCAAACACCAGGCUGACUGCUGCUUCGAGAGGUUAGCUAUGAAUGGUCUAUAAUGUGAUCAAUGCAACCAAUAGAUCUCUUUUUCUAAUGCAACAAGCAACAUGUACAUACACUAUAAAAUUAUAUUGUCUCAGAUUGCAAAAUAUGCAAUGUUCUGAUGCAGCACCUUUUUUCUAAAUGUUCCAGAAAGAAUUGGACAGGGGUUUGAUUUAAAGUGUUACUUUCUCUAUAAACAAGUUUUUUUUUUUAAAGAGUUUAUGUUUAUGUGGUGUAACAGGUUACCAAUCCGAGAUGAAUUCACAUAAGGAGAACUUGUUAAUUUGUUUCUAGCAGGGAGAGGGUAAGACAAGGGAUGAGGUCCUGUGUUUCUAAAGCACUACCUUCAUCUGAUCGCCACUGGGCACAAUCAUGUUAAAUCUUACCUCUCAAAGGCCUGCUUUUCCUUGCAUUUGUUCGCAGGUCUUGCAUUUUACCUUCUCUUAUUUUGGGGAUUGUCUUAAUAUUUUGUUAUUUGAUUUCUCUUUUUGAACUUUGAGUUGACUAUUUUGGGUACUUGACACUUUACAUUUGUAUAUGUGUGUGUAUAUAUUAGGUUGUAAUCUUAUGAUACCCUUUAUAAGAGAUAUAUUACAGAUAGAUAGGGUCACAUCUUCCUUCAGCUUCACUCCAGGUUUCUCACUGCGUUAAGUUUGCAGGGGGAAUAUGCUGUUUGAUGUUUUAGAGCAUUAUAAUUGAGAAACCCAUUUUUUUCCUAAGCUGCACUUAAUGGAACCCAGAAGUUUCCGCCCAAAGUAUGAGUUGUGAUAAAUGUGCUUAAUUUCGAGUCUUUCUAGAGGAGAGUGAAACUGUAUGCAAAAGAUGAGUGAGGGCACUGCUGUUAUACAGACAGUAAGUGGAAAACUUCAGCAGGGAUUCUUUUAUUUGUUCGUUUGGCAGAAGGAGAGAGAAAGAGCCAGGCACCUUUUUAUGCAUUUGCACUGCUUUACUAAAGAUUUCCAAUGGAGAUGUAGAAAUAUCUAUUUAAGGAGACAGUUUGGGUUGAGGAGAUACAAAGUGCUUAUUCGAGUAGUCAAAGGGACCAGAGAAAAGAAAACUGAAAGAACCUGAGCGAUAAGGUGAGCAAUAAAAUAAUGUUCAAGUCUAAAUAAGCACACAGCUGUAGUAGAGUAAGGGAGAGGGUUUAGUUUUUAGUAGCUGAAACUUAAACUUCAUCAAUUAAUGCAAUGUAUAUAAAUGCAAAGUAGUAUAAUAUAUACAGACUUCUAAUCUUUUCACAAUGCAAAUCAUUGGCCAAAGUUUUGAAAGCAAGUGUCCUGAAAACGAGACCUUUAAUUUAAAAUAAUAUGUGCUUUCUUGCACUAUUGGAAGUGGGUGCAGCAAGAUCCUAUGGCCACAUCAGAGCAGGAUGACUCACUGAGAGGGGCCUGGAGCGUCAGCAUGCACUUUGUGGGCACGUCAAGACAGGCUCCCCCAAAAUCCAGCCGAAUAGGUGCUUUGGUUAAGUUAGGACUCUCUUUUAAAUAAGGUAUGUGUGAGGGCAAGAAUUGACAAAGGCAGAGCCGAUGAAGUGGCUGAUUGGAAAGAAAUUUUCCAGGCACAUGCAUCCUAAAAGCAGGCUGUGAUCCUUGCUAAGUCUUUCAAGUGGAUCAUUGUGUAUACGAUUGCUGUGGAUGAACAGUUUUGAGGAUGUAAUUUUGUGGCAUCAUUCCUUCUGCAGUGCUGUACCCUGUUUGUUGGCCUUUUGCACCUUAAAGAAGAAAGAUUUGAAUGCACUUUGUUACUUAGAAGGGCACUUUUUAGAAACGGGUACUUUCAAACAAAACUAGCAAAUGUGCUAAACCUAAAAAGGCCCAUCCGAGUGGUGAUACCUUUUUUUUUUAAAAAAAUAGCAAUUAUUAUUAUUUUGGCUUGUUCGUAUACGUUCCAUUUGUUUAAGUCUUGACACCAAGCUGCCAAAAAAGUGCACAGUCCUUGAAGAGAAAGUACAGGGUGUAGAUUUUGUUCCAGUUUUUGAUUGAUGACGUUUAACUUUGGAAAGGAUCAUAAAAGAUGGUUAUAUAUUUAGAUAAGGAUAUAUGUGCAGAUGCAUAAUGAUUAAUUGCACUUGAAGCUGAUUGAAAAGUUCUCUAUGUUGUCUUAAUACAGAUGAGCGUAAAGAUGUGGCAGCAUCUGCAGGGAUUAUUGUCUAAGAUCUACAACUACAGUUUCCAUUUAAACCAUCUAUAUUCUGUCAAUGACUUUUAAUAUGCUGAGUUAGGCUGGUCAAAUGCUGUGUUCUGUUUAAAUUUGUUGUUGACGGCCACACCCUUAGCAUCACACUACUGUAAGUUUUUGUGUGACUGGACGCCACGGCAGAAUUAAUCCUUCUGGAAAUUCCAGUGUUUUCACACCCCAAAACACUCAGUUAAUAAUACAUCACAUGCCUGCAAGCGUUUGUGUGGUAACACAUUGACCUAGACCAUCUCUUAUCAGUUUUCACUCAUCUCCUCUGAUCAUCAAAUAGUUCACGGUAGCUUUAGAUUUGAUUUUUCGGGGAUGUUUUUGUCCUUAUGCCACAACCCAAAUUUAUCUUCCCUCAUUACAAAAACAGAAGUUGGAGUGGAAUUGUUGUGGAAAAAGCCUACUUGAGUUCCCUUUCUGUCUAUAGUUUUUUUUCUGUGAUAUUGAGUGAGAAAUGUUAAACUUCGUAAUGCUUUUUUUGAUUUUGUUGAAAAAUAUGUUGCUGCGGCUUGUUUGUUUUUCUAGUAAAAAUAAUGCUAGCUGUGUUUGUGGGUUUUAGGGUUAAAUGGUGGUGGAUUAUAGGGAGGGUUUGGUGGGUGGGAGGGCACGGGAGGUACAAACCCUGAUAGCACUGGAAAUGGUGCUUUAGCUAAGAAAGAGUUUUUGCACUAAAAGUCACUCAUGUCCUUGUCCUUGGAGGAGGGGGACCAGAGAACUGGGCAAGGCCUUUGAGUUUCUGUGAACACAAAGUCUGUUUAAUCUCCACUUCACUUCCCUGUACUUACAUCUGCAAUUAACUCUUUGAAAACCAAAGUAGGGAAAGACUAGGAUUACUUUAGACAGUUCUUGACCACAAAAGGAAAAGAGGGAAAUCCAAAAAAAAUUUGACAACAGCGUAAACAAAAUCAUUUCCAAGACGAGUGUAGGUCAAGAGUCCAAUGCAACUCCAACAGAAAUAAGCAGCUUGAGGAAAGACACAGUAUUCACAGAAUGGCUUAUUUCCAAUGGUUAACAGGAUCAAACCCUAAGCAUCUGUGUCUACGUAGCAGUUUGGUGGAGUUAUUAGAGGUCUUUGUGAGUUCACACAGACUCAUUGGUUUGGUCUGGAUGUAAGCUUUGUUCAGUGGGUCCAAAAAGGAAUCGUGGCAGAGUCUUGAAGCUUGACAAGUUGAGAAGAAUUGUGUAGAGAAUGUGCCUUAACCUAAAAAGGAGAUUGGGAGAAUUCUUCAAAAGAUGGCUUCCAUUCCAGCUUCCCAAUUAAUUCUUGAAUACUUGUGUUUUAUGUGUGAACAUUUCUGAAGAAAGGUUGCAGAAUCUUUGUUCAGAGAUUGUCUAAUGCACCUCAACUUGUAAAUACAACUAGUUAAAAUUGUCUCCUGGGUUGAUUGCUGAUUGAUCUUUCAUUUAGCGCUGCUUAUUGCUUCUGCCCUUAUUUCGGGACUCCGCUUCCAGACACUACAGUGGGAGUGUCUAAAAGAAAACCCAUUUCCAUGACUUCAGAAGCAUCCUGUUUGUAAUAUCCAAAUCUUAAUCUAUUUUGUUUUCCUUGUUUAACUUAUUGGCCAGGAUGUCAAACAAUAAUUUAAGAUUACAAUGACAGUGAUAACCGUAAUAAUCAUAGAGGUUUAUCUUAUUGCAAGAUUUAGAUGUUCUGUAGAUGCUCUGGCUGGGUGGAAGCACAGCUUGCUGAGGGUGAUACAAUGCAUGGCUAGAUCCGCACAGUUGUUCUCACCUGAUCCACUGCUGUUUGAUGCCCAGUGGGCAUGUUGCACAAGGAGAGCGGCUCAUGGGUGGUGGGUACUAGUUUGCACAGAUUGGGGAGGGUGGGUAGCGUUUUUGUGCAGGUCGGGCAAGGGAACUGUGUCUUAAGAAGGGGCUUUGGAAAGCCUUGUCAGGUAUUGCUGUGCCAUGUGUACCUAAGGAAUUUAUAGCCAUCUACUUCUUUGACUGCCUCAGCUGGUUAUGUUUCACUGAUCAAGGAGAUGUUCUGGAGAGCAGAUGUCAGAGGCUGUUGUAGGAGGCAGGGGGAUUUGGGGAUUAUGGGCCAUUGUCUAUGCUUCUCAGGUUAAACAGUCACGGCAGUCCAUGUCCACUUUUGUUAUUUGGUUUAAGCUCAAAUUUUGCCUUCUGUGUAAUCAAAGCUUUAUUGUACUGAGAGUACACCAACCGAAUAUAUAUUAUGAGUUUUGAAGGUGAUAUCGAAAAGCCAACUACCCAUGUGACCACAACACCCUCACUUUUUUGUUUUGCCUAAUAACUGUAUGUUCUUUUCUAGCGUAGAAAAAUAACGGCAGUGUUUCAAGACAUGUUUUUACCAUUCUAGAACAGCGAGUAGGGCUGUAUUGUCUUUGAAUGAGGCCAAGACAGCAGUGAAUUGUGGGAUUGAGACAUCAAGUCUAAUCUGCUCACAAGUCAAGGAUGCAUUCCAUAACUUCCUCUAAAUAGUUGUUAGAACGAACAGAUGCCGGUAGACGGAAAUGAGGUGGUUUUUUACGUUUGUUUCUUUUUCCUCUACCUAGAACGUGCAGGGAAGGGAGCGUGUUGGGCUUCACAAAGCCAUCAAGCUGAAAGCAGUUUUGUGAUUGUAACAAAAAAAAGCACUUUGCGAAAGGCCAUCCAGAAUAUUGUGUGCUGUCUCUUUUGAUUAUUACUGUUGUUGUUUUUGUUUUCAAUUUGUUGAUGAGUUUUGUUAUCUCGUUGUGGAUGUAAUGAUUUAUUUAAAUGCAAAAACUACAUGAAAAGAAAAGAAACUUGAACAUGCGAUAUAUUUGGGUUGAAGUCCAUUUGAACUGCCGCCCCGUACCACACAGAUCUCUGGAAACACAUGCAACAAAGAAUGGCACGUUCAAGUUGUCGUACAUUUUCUUUUCCUUUUUUGCCAUUUUAAAACCAAAUUUCAUCACAAGGACUUUUCAAAGGACAUUUCUCCCUGGGUUUCCAUUGUUCUGCAAGAUGCUUUGUAGACGAAUACAGAAUUUAUAAGAUAGAAAUGUAAGAUCUAGAAAUUGGGGUGCAACUACCCCAAAUAACAUCCAGUAAAACGCUACAGAUACUCAACUUGCAAUAGACCCUGUCCAAGGCAGUCAGGUUUGGACCAUUUAUACUACUUUCCUGCAUAUGGACAACAAAUACUCUCUCUAAUUACCUUCAUUCUAUGUUGUUAGACGGUAAACUAUAUUUUCCACAUUGUUUUUGCAUAAAAUGUAAGAGUUUUUAAGGGACUCAUCAUAUACUCUAUUCCAAACCAUCAUCUCUUGUACGUUUCACAUUUCUUGUAUUAAAUCUGUAAGCUUAAUUCAUCAUGUGGGCAAUAGCUGAAUGGACGCAAGCUCUGCACAAAAAACUGUAAUUCCUUUAUCUUGCUUUGGGGGCACUUUUUAACACUUUGGGGCGGCAGAAAAUUCCCAGUGUCUCAGGCUUGGACCACAGAAACCCUUUUUUGUUUUUUUGUUAAUUCAAUUCCUGUUUCUUUCCAUUGUUUGUCUGUGUGUGUUGAAGCUAUUGAGAUGUACAGGAGAAUUUGGGAGAAUUUGCACUUUUGGCGAUGAAAUGAAUUUGUAUUGUAUAUGAGACCACUAAAUCUACAUCGUCUAAAUCAGACAAUUCCAUGUUGUUUUCCUUUUUCAUUUUAUUCUUUUUUUCUUUUAUUUUUACAAAGUAUAUCCAAAAAUGUCUGACGUUUAAGAAAUUUAAGACAUUUCUAUUAAAAACAGAAUGUUUACGACC